UUUUCUGUCAGUACUUUAAAAAACCAAUAUUCCGAAGUAUCCAAAAAAAAAAAAACUGAGUACUUAAAAAAACCAAUUUCCAUUUCCUUUUCUGUCAGGCUUUUUUUCAUAGUACUACGUAGUGUUGUCCCCUACCUAUUUUUCUUCAAUCCAAAUCUCAUUUUCCCCAAAAGUCGAAGUAGAAUCAUACGAUCUCGACGUCUCCGAGCAUCGAUUCCCCGAUACCCUUUUCCCACCCGAAUCCCUCCGUUUCCCCACAUACCGUCAAAAUUUUCCAUUCCCAAAAUGGAAUCUGUACGAAAAAAUCGGAUCCCUUUUCGCUUUCAUGGCCGAUCAAACCUUCCCCCUUCCCAGAUUCUUUUUUUGAUAGGGGCUUCGUUUGCAAGGAUGCGUGCGUAAAUUGCUCAGUUUUGGCCACUUAUUUCUAAUGCAAUCCACUGAGACAGACACAAGGAAGAACUUGAAGCGUUCGAGAUCAUUUGCCUGCGAGAUGCCAUUAACUGAUACGACUGUUUCAAAAGCUCUCGAUGAUUGCAUUCCUUUUCCUGUUGAAGAGAUAGUGCAGUACCCGUUGCCCGGUUAUGGUGCACCGACUUCCAUCAGCUUCAGUCCUGAUGAUAGUCUGGUAUCCUAUUUGUUCAGUCCCGAUUACAGUUUAAAUAGGAAAUUGUUCACAUUUGAUCUCAAGACAUGUAAGCAAGAAUUGUUUUUUAGUCCCCCGGAUGGUGGGCUUGAUGAGAGUAACAUAUCAGCUGAAGAGAAGUUGAGGAGGGAGAGGUUGAGGGAGCGUGGGCUGGGCGUAACCCGGUAUGAAUGGGUGAAGAUGAGCUCAAAGAAGAAGACAGUCAUGGUGCCGCUGCCUGCAGGGAUUUAUUUUCAAGAUAUGUCUUUACAACCAGAGCUUAAGCUUCCAAGCAAACCAUGCUCUCCCAUCAUUGAUCCCCAUCUGUCACCAGAUGGUACCAUGCUUGCUUAUGUGAGGGAUUAUGAGUUGCAUGUGUUAAACCUCUUAUGCAACGAGUCAAAACAGUUGACAUUUGGUGCUGAUGGCAAUGUUCUGACUCAUGGUCUUGCUGAAUACAUAGCCCAGGAAGAAAUGGAUCGGAAGAAUGGGUACUGGUGGUCUAUGGACAGCAAAUUUAUAGCAUUCACACAAGUUGAUUCAUCUGAGAUACCUCUUUUUAGAAUCAUGCACCAGGGUAAAGGUAUGGUUGGUCCAGACGCACAGGAAGACCAUGCUUAUCCCUUUGCUGGGGCUUCAAAUGUCAAAGUCCGACUUGGCGUGAUUUCUGCCAAUGGAGGCCCUGUAACUUGGAUGGAUCUUCACUGUGGAGAAGAGAAUCUUCCACAUAACGAUGAGGAAUAUUUAGCAAGAGUCAACUGGAUGCAUGAAAAUAUUCUCACUGCUCAGGUUUUGGACAGAUUACAUUCUAAACUAAAGAUCCUCAAGUUUGAUAUCCAAACAGGUAAAAGAAAAGUUAUAAUGGUCGAAGAACUAGAAACAUGGGUUAACCUGCACGACUGCUUCACUCCUUUAGACAAAGGGCUUACGAGAUUGUUUUCUGGCGGGUUUAUUUGGGCUAGUGAAAGAACAGGAUUCAGACACCUUUAUUUGCAUGAUACUGAUGGUGCAUGCGUGGGAUCUAUUACCGAAGGCGACUGGAUGGUUGAGCAAAUUUCUGGUGUAAAUGAGGCUGCAGGACUUGUAUAUUUCACGGGAACUCUAGACGGAUCUUUGGAGUCUCACCUUUAUUGUGCUAAUCUGUUCCCAGAUGGGAGCUACCCGCUGCAGGCCCCACUAAGAUUGACUCAGGGGAAAGGAAGACACGUGGUUGUGCUUGAUCAUCAGCUGCAGAGAUUUGUUGAUAUUUACGAUUCGCUAAAUUCUGCACCUAGAAUUUCACUUUGCUCGUUGCAAGAUGGAAGCUUAAUUGUGUCUCUAUAUGAACAGCCAUUCCCAAUUCCAAGAUUCAAAAGUCUUCAACUUCAGCCCCCUGAGUUAAUUCAAAUACAAGCAAGUGAUGAUACGAUUUUGUAUGGGGCGAUAUACAAACCUGAUGUGGAAAAGUUUGGACCUCCACCCUAUAAAACCAUGGUCAGUGUGUACGGUGGUCCCAGCGUGCAACUUGUAAGUGAUUCUUGGAUAAACACCGUUGACAUGAGAGCUCAGUAUCUCAGGAGCAAAGGCGUCUUAGUAUGGAAGUUAGAUAACAGAGGAACUGCUCGGCGCGGGCUCAAGUUUGAAAGUGCCCUGAAGUACAAUGCCGGUCGCGUUGAUGCUGAGGAUCAACUGACCGGAGCUGAAUGGCUCAUCAAACAAGGGCUAGCAAAAGUGGGCCACAUCGGUUUGUAUGGAUGGAGCUACGGCGGAUACCUCUCUGCCAUGACAUUAGCACGAUUUCCUGACAUCUUCGCCUGUGCUGUUUCUGGUGCCCCUGUCACAUCCUGGGAUGGGUACGACACUUUUUACACAGAAAAGUACAUGGGUUUACCCUCGGGAAAUAAAGAAAGUUACAAGAUAGCCUCAGUGAUGCACCACGUGGACAAUAUCAAAGGCAAGUUGUUGAUCGUGCACGGAAUGAUCGACGAGAAUGUGCAUUUUAGACACACAGCGAGGCUGGUGAAUGCGUUAGUGGACGCCAGAAAGCCUUAUGAAUUGUUGAUUUUUCCGGACGAGCGGCACAUGCCUCGCCGGCUCCGCGACAGAAUCUAUAUGGAAGAGAGAAUAUGGGACUUCAUAGAGAAGAGCCUGUGAAAUGGUCUCACGUUUCUGCUGUGUUUGCUUUCUCCUUGGAGGCUGGUUCCCUUGAGGCUGAGAGAAGAGCCUGUGAAAUGGUCUCACGUUUCUGCUGUGUUUGUUUUCUCCUUGGAGGCUGAGAAGAUCAUUACAGCUCUCAUUCUUUCGAGUGUUCAAAUUUUAUCGAAGUUUUUUUUCGUUUUUUCCCCCCCAGGUAUUUUGCAAUGAAAACUGGAAGUUCGUCGUUGUGACUCAGUUGAGUUCUGCUUGUCCUAAAUGGCUUGAAUCUCAUUCUCUUGUUACUUGCUCUGAAUUGUACAGAAAAGUAGUAAUCGAGAUGUACUUCUGAUGCUAUGUCCAGAUUAACGACAUUAGCUGUUCUUUUUCUAA